AUAUGGCGGCGGCGGAUGUCGCGAGCUCCUGAAAUGCGCAGCAACGUGCACACUUCUCAAACUGUUCUCAUCCUGUGAAACCUUUGAAUUUUUGAGAAGUCAUGACUGAGCAACUACAUUUGCGAGGCACCCUUCGGGGUCAUAAUGGCUGGGUAACGCAAAUCGCCUGUAAUCCGAAGUUUCCUGAUACGCUCCUUUCAUCAUCCCGAGAUAAAACAUUGAUCUUAUGGAAACUUACUCGUGACGACGUUAAUUACGGCAUCCCAAGAAAGCGCUUGAAAGGGCACGGGCAUUUUGUUACGGACGUUGUGAUGUCCUGUGACGGCCAAUACGCUCUCUCCAGCUCGUGGGAUAAAACACUGCGGCUUUGGGAUCUGUGCGAGGGGACUACCACUCGUCGAUUCGAAGGUCAUGAUAAGGAUGUUUUGAGUACAGCGUUUUCUGCAGACAAUCGACAGAUCGUGUCAGGAUCACGCGACAAAACAAUCAAACUGUGGAAUACUCUAGCAGAGUGCAAGUACACUAUCAAGGACAACCAGCAUGAAGAUUGGGUAUCAUGUGUACGCUUCUCACCCACACCUGGUGACCCAACGGUGGUCUCUUGUGGCUGGGACUGGAAAGUAAAGGUGUGGAAUUUAGCCAACUGUAGGAUGCAUGCCGAGUACAGCCACUCUGGAUACCUCAACACUGUCACUGUGUCUCCAGAUGGCACACUCUGCGCUUCUGGUGGCAAAGACUGCAAAGCCAACCUCUGGGACUUGGAGAAGAGUGAGCUGAAGUGUGUUCGUGACAACCAAGACAUCAUUAAUGCGUUGUGCUAUAGUCCAAGCAGGUACUGGCUUUGUGUCGCCACAGGACCAGCCAUCAAGAUUUGGAACUUGGAAGACAACAGCCAGGUGGAUGAGCUGUGUCCUGAAGUGCUGACACCAAAUGCCAAGGCUGAACUUCCGCAGUGUAUAUCACUGGCUUGGUCAGCUGAUGGCCAGACACUGUUUGCUGGCUAUACUGACAGUCUCAUCAGAGUUUGGCAAGUCUCAGUAGGCAUUACUCAUUGAGCAGGUACUUGCCUUAAUAUGGGGUGUUUCUGUGAAGAAUACGAAUUUCUGAAAGUGGCGCAGUUGUAAAAAAACAUGGGAGAGGGGGGGAGAGUUUCUCCAGCACAGUGUUAUCCACACCUUUGUCUGAUAAACUCACUAGCUGAGGGAUAUUCACUAAUCAACUUUUUGCUCACUAACUUUUGAGGACAUAAAUUGAAGACUGAAAGCAUGUUCAGAAACAAGAACCGCUAAGAUUAGAAUCAGUCAUGAUGUAUUUGUCCCCAAAAUGCAUCGUGCAGUUGUGAAAAUGCACACACACAAAAAAAGCUUCAGCACAAUGUUAUCAUCCAUACCUUUGUUGGAUAAACUCACUAGCUGUGUGAUAUUGAUCUACUUUUGCUCACUAACUUUUCAGGACAUAAAUUUAAGACUGCUGUUACUGAAAGCAUGUUCAGAAACAAGAACCCUGAGACUGGUGUCAGUCAUGAGGUAUUGGUCCCCAAAAUGCAUGGCCAAUGUAGUAUUGGUUCAUGUAAUAGUUUAAAAAAAGUCACAGGCCUGCGCGGCACACGCAGCACAGUCACAGCGUAAGCUGGUGGAGCGGCUUAAGAAUAGCAAUUUCGGCACCACGCACAACAGGGUCUUCACGACAAAGUCUGUUCGCCUCGUUUUGACGAGAGCGAUCUCAACUGUCCGCCCGGCGUUGACGGCGAGCUGCGGUUUGUAAUGCUCUCUGCACAGCAGUCUGCUGAGCCCGAUGAUGCUUGGUUGUAGCCGCGCACGUAGCUCUACGAUUCGCUUCUUCAGCAGCGGUUCGUACCUUGCGAGGAGACGCCAUAACGUGUACCGAAGAGGUGCCUCGGGAUCGCGUUUAUUGUGCGCCUCGUUUGAAUGAAUCGAAUCUCGUUGUCUGUGCCUGUGCAUGCGGCUUUUGCAGGCGCCUCAACUAGAUGGCGCCACCGGAGGCUCGGGUCGUCUGUGCCUGCGCGCCUGCCUAGGGCGCGUUUAUAGGGCCUUUUUCUGACGCUGAUAGCAAGCGCUUGCGUGGCUCAGGGGUGAAGUAUCCGACUCCCACGCAGCGGGCCUGGGUUUGAUCCCAGCGUAGACCGGGUACUUUUUUUUUCGCAUUUCGGGCGAUAGGCGGUUAUGCGGCAGUGGCAGACAACAACACGAACCGAAACGGCCAUUAGAAUGAGCCCAUAACAGCUUACGCUGUAAAAAAAGUUUGUUGUGUAUUUAAAACAAUGAUUCAUGGAACACUAGCAAUAUCAGUGCAGAUUUCUAGGGCAGGCAUCUCAAAACUUGUUCUUGUCACAGGGUUUCGAGCAAAAGAACAUAGUUUGAGCAAUGACUGCCUGCCUUCAGUUCGGCAGUUAUGUGUCCCUUAAAGAUGAUAACCAAAAGGUUAAUUUGUGAAGUAAUUUGAUGAGAUUAUUACUAAUUAUCAGAAGAAUUGGGAUGUCCACUGGAGUGAAUAGCGUGUUGCCUAAGAAAUAUCCUUGAAUCUGCUGCACAGUCUUAAAAUUUUUUGGUAGUUUUUAUGGGAACACCUGCUAUAUGCCCUCUAUGUUGAGAGUACUGACCUAGAAAGGUGGCAAUUAAUAACCAGAAAAACUGUGUAAACAUAAGAUUCUGCCUAAUGCUUAACGCGUAACAUUUAAAAUUAAAUGUUGUAGGAUACACAUAAGUACUUUUUAUGCAGGUAAUGUCUCUGAAGGUGAAUAGCCUGCAGUUAAGGUGCAACCGCAUGCACACGAUUUUCGAGUGACGGCGUUGAGCGGCAGCUUUUGCAGUUGCAGAGGGCGAUCUAUCCCUGUCACUUGUUGUGUCACCGUUUAUUUCACCAGCCAGAAAAUUUCGCUUGUUGCCUGGGAGUCUGCACAGCAAUUUCUGCUGGGGACAGCGUGAUUGUGCAACAACAUAGCAGUAACUAGUCCGCCCUCUUCGAUCUGAAUUUGCUCUUACAACUUGCUCUCUUCCAUGACACCAAAAUAUAAAUAGCAAAAUCAGCCAUCGCUUUGUCUCAUCUCAAGCUGAGGACAAAGUAUUGGCAUUUUCUUGUUGUUAUUAUUCUUCGAUCUGAAUUUUCUUUUACAACUUGCUCUCUUCCAUGACACCAAAAUAUAUAUAGCAAAAUCAGCCAUCGCUUUGUCUCAUCUCAAGCCGAGGACAAAUUAUCGGCGCUUUCUUGUCGUUAUUAUUAAGAUGAGUUGUUUUGAUGCUGUUAGGCCUGAGAUGCCACCAAGAGCCGCGAAAGUGAUUUGAGUUUUGCUCACCAGAUGGCACCACAGACUUUCAUACUUGCAGCAUGGAAUGGAUUUCCACUGGUGAUGACAGCAUAAUAAAGCUAGAUCUUAGUACACCUUGGUUAAAACAUUGGCUUCAUGGCACGCUUACAAUUUCUUUACGAGCACACGAUUGUAUUUGUUCAGACAACAAUAUAAAUUUGUCGAUACUCUUUCUCGCAAUGUCACGUCCAUGUGCGACAUCAAUGCCACGACAGGGUCUGCCUGUCACUUGAAUAUCGUGUGCAUGUGGUUGCUGCUUUAAACCUCAGUGUAUUGAAACUAUACUCUCUGAAAUUCACUCUGUAGCGAGGCUUUGUCUUGAAAAAUUAAUUCUGUACCACAGUGUUCGUUUAAUGAAGCCUUGUCACUUUAAAUACACAAAUACAGUGGAAUCUCGAUGAUACGAAUCUCACGGGGUCAGGAAAAAUAUUCGUAUUAGCCGAAAUUCAUAUCAUCGAAACACAAUCAAAACUAGCUAAAUUAUGCGAGGAUGAGAGCAUCAAAUCGCGAAAAUCGCGAGAAAAAUUUAUUUUGAAAACCACGCGUUUCGGUAUCUGCAACGCCUAAUCUACACUGUAUCAAAAUGGUUUGGGUGAAAACGCGCUAAAAGUGGCCGAAAAAGAUUUAUUCGUCAGUGCGCAGGGCGAGAAAACAGCUUUAAAUCGCGCAAAAUCACCGAAAUUCUUGGAGACAUAUCUCGUAUUUCCCGCCACCGAGCGCCGCCAUCUUGGUAUCGUUCGAAAGCUCAAAGUUUCGCCGUUCCGCUUCUCAAUUCGUCCGUCGUCGCCAUCUUGUAACAAACGCGCAAACUAUAGUGUACUCAAAAGCGCAAACUCAAAAGAAGCGCGGGUCUGCGAUAGGUAGUCACACGGACCCUCCGAUGAAAGCAGCCUCCAAUUGGCUGCCGUGCUGAAAGGCGUCUCUCCAUUGGUUGCUGCUGUGGCAGGGGCAAGAUGGCAACCGCAGUUGUCUGCUUCGUAAACCAAGCCGGCGUCUUCACUUGACACGCAGAAUUCGGAUUACUGAGAGCUCCCAGGUUAGUGAUGGGACGUCGCUCGUUGGAGAAAAAAUUUUGGACGAAGCACGCCUUCGGAAUACGGAAGCGCAAGCCUCCUACGGCAAGAAAAGUAUGGCGAUUAGCAGGAGAAGCGGAGGAGCAGCUGACUGAACGUACCGCGCUACCUCACACCAUGGAUUACGUGCCGCACUAUAUUGCACCGUGUGACUCCGGUAGCGAAACCGACAAUCGCCCUGUGCCAUCGACACCGAUAACGCAGUCAACGGAAGACGCGCCAACGGAGGCUCCCGCGCCUCGGCGUACGGCCGCGCGAAUCAGCCAAGAUCGUAUCUCGGUAGACAUAGCUCGCUGCGACUAGGCAAAAUGGCGCAAACACAAAGAACGCGGCCCGAAGCACAGCAGCCACUCCGUCCGAUGGGCGGCCGCUGAAAAGGGGGAAAAGCACGAAAGGAAGAAAAGCGCCACCGCUUCAAAUUCUUCGCGCCCAAUCGCGGCCGCCGCGCUGUCCGGCGCCGCGUCCGCGCCUCCGCACCAAAAGAGAAAGGGAGAAAGCGCGUGACUGCGCGCUGUUCUCUUUCUCGGCCGUCGGUGGGGCGGCGUUUAUUCGUAUCGACCGACGCAGGUCGAAAAUCGAUUCGUAACAACCGUACUCUAGCACGUUGCAAAGUAAUGGGGCUUGGCCGGCACCACAGAAAAAUUCGUAUCAUCCGGAAAUUCGUAUUAGCCGUGAUCGUAUCAUCGAGAUUCCACUGUAGUAGCCUCCAUAAGGGCAAUAAUCUAUAGAAAAAGUCAAUACAACAAAUGCUUAUGGAAAUGUUAGCACUAGAUCAGCUGGAAGAGGCACAGGCUUUAAUCUGUUGGGAACAGUUUACUUAUGUUUAAAGAUAGAAAACUUUUAUAAAAUUCACAUAAUUUUUUCUUUUCUGUGCUAAUGGGCCUCAUGGCACCCAUGUGACAUUUUUUUUUUUAAUGAGCUGGGAAAUAUUCUUCACUGUUCACACAAUGCUGCUACUUUCGCUUAUGGUGCAGGGGAACAGCGUAAGUUCUAAUCUAACAACACAGGUACAAUAAUAUUUGCCAAGGCAAUUUCUAUGCAAUACAUUUAAACCUUGUAUAAUGAACUUCAAUAAAAUGAAAUUCUCGAUAUAACAAAAGUAUAUAACUUUUUAUAACUUGAUAGUUAUAACUUUUUUUAUAGAGGUAAUCUGCCGUGUGUGCAAAGACUGGGUGAGCUGAGAUGGGCUGGCAUCGUACUCUGUCUUUCUGCAUGUCUCGUGCUGGAGGGUGGGUAAUCUCAAGUUUUUGAGAUGCAUGAAGCAAGAGGCAGACAAAGCAUUCACUUCAUGCUGCCAGCGCUUUUCAUGAUGGCAUCGUCCUACUGCGGGCGACACUAUCAGUUGCUGGGGUGGAGUGGAUGCGAAAGCGGUGUGAAGAUAUGGUCGACACGGCACCGUAUCUUUCAUUACCGGCUCUCAAAUUCAACAAAAUGGCUUUUUUUCCUUAUUCAAAUUUGGUCUUUUCCGAUUGCCCGAUAAUUCGAAAAAUUUUGUGGCUCCUUCCGUGUAAGAAAAACUUAUUUGCAUAAAAGAUCGAAUUUCAAUAGAACAAAAUUUUGAUAUAACGAUGCAAAUUGCCAAAUUUACCGAUUUCAUUGUAUCGAGGUUUAACUAUAUUUAUUGACCAUCAAGAGCAGGUCCGCACAGCAAUGCUUUGCCUUUAGAUGAUCUAUUGAAACUUGCACUAAUCAAAUCAUAGGGAAUGAGAAUACAGUAGAACCUCGCUGACAUGUUUUUUAAGGGAUCACAGAAAAAAAAAAGAAAAAGAAAAGAAAGCAGCCGGGAACACGUAACAAUGAGGAAGGCCCCAAAUCGCCAUUGCAGUGUCAGAAACAGCUUUGAAUGGCUGUCAGUACAAUUAUUAGACGUCUCGGCCCUCGUACUGUGACUGGAGACAAUGCAUGCACACGUGUAUAAUUAAGAGACACAUACUGUGUUCCAUGACGGGGGCCUGUUUCACUAUUAAUAUGCUUCACCGCAUAACACCCUGUGCUCCGGCAAAUCUGACUUUACGGAAUCGGUAAAAACACAGCUGAGACACGUUUAUCAGGACUGGUGAUUGCAUGCUUCCUGCAUUUCGGGGUAGGGCCACAGGAGGAGCUUUACAGGCAUAACCGCGAGUUUACAUUUUUAAUCUUCAUAGCAACAAGCGAAUUUGCCUCUGCACCACUAAAUUAUGACCGCCGCAUUCAAAUGCAAUGUAAGAUGCGGGAACAUUACUCAAUGGCAACAUAUCAAAUGGGAACAUAAUAGGUAUACAUAGGAGUCAAUGGGCAUUAGGUCGGGACCGCAAGGAAUGCAACGCAGUAUCUGGGAGAACACACCAGUGAGGAACGUAUCAUCAAUAGGGUUCUACUCUAUUCAUCUUCCUUCUUUAGAACCGUUACUGGUUAUUUUCUACGCAUUUGCACACAUCACUCAACUGGUUGCUGCGUCUGAGCUUUGUCACGCUUAUGUUGCUUUUGAAAAAAGAUGGAAAUUUUCUCACAAAUUAGAGUAGCAGCUGCAGUGCCAGUGUUGUCAUAAAUGAUCCACAUAAAGGUGCAGUGAAGUGAAAUUUGACAGUUUGCAUGCACUGGGGUGUUUCAGGAAGUUUUACUGCGUCAGGUAGCAGCUUAUAGGUGGGCACUGGCUGUGCUAGGCCUAGCUUUGUAUAAAGAGUAUACUCCGCUGCAACUUUUAUAAGUGUAAAGCAUAUUCUAUAAAACUUGAUUUUCUUUCAGUGUCCAAACAUGUCAAAAAUGAUUUAUAUCUCUUUUCCAGACCUUGAUUGUGCCUUAAUGGGUUAAUGAAGUGACAAUUAAGGCAAUCCCCAGAAGUUGUUUCUUCGACGUUUUUUGCCUGUGUAAUUACUCUUUAUGUUAUACACAUUUCCACUCAGCAUACAACUGAAUAUAACCAAUUAAUACGUUACUUGCUCUUCUCUGCAGGUAGCACUCUUGAACACUAAGAGGUGCCCAAAAUGGCUUUUGAAAUUAUAAGUGACUGCCAUGCUGCAUGUGUUCAAUGUUGUACACUUUCUGUUUUUCAUUUGCUGCAUCUGUGCCGCUGGGAAAAUUACUAGACAAGAUUAAUAAGGGGUAGUUGGUGAGAUGGGCUUACUCUGACCAAUGUUAAUUUAGUAAAUGAAAGGCUGCCUACCUUCUCAGCAAGUCACUUGCUUCUGAAAUGCAUUUACUCUUCCUCUGCCAACCCCUCCUUUAGUUAGCACCCAUUGCACAUGGUCUUGUGGUUAUAGUAGUUCAUAAAGCACUCCAUUCACAUUAAUUGGAGCAUUUUCUUUUUACUGAAACUGCAUUUAUAAAACUGCACUUUGCUCACUUUCCAGGGUAGUAGACAAGAGCAAUGUUUCGAGUUUUCUUGCACUUCUGAAACAAACCUUAAAGGUAUUAGUAUGUCACAUUGUGGUUCUGCUGCAGCAGACUGUUCUGUGUAGAGUGAAAAAUGAGACUUGUCUUUUCUCUGCUCAUGAUGCAUUAAGUGUCCGUAGUGUGUAUCGGCAUCAGUUCAAAAUUUAGACUUUUCACUAAUAGUGUGUCAUUACCAAACAUGCAUGAAAGCUUCUAAGAGAAGAUGAGUCUUAAGGCCUUAAUUUUGAUCAAUCACUUUUAGGGAUAGUUUCAGGUUCCCUUUCAUGUGGAAUAUUGUUCAGCACUCAUAACUGUGCUCGAUAACUACGCAACCUGAAAGUAACUAUGAUGGAUGGUGUGCCAUUGCUUUUGUCAAAUCCACUUUCACUGGCUUAGCAACUAUCAAUGCAAAGAAAGCACCAUCCCUGAAAGUGAAUGACUGAAAAUACAACCCUUAGCAUCUGGAGUUUGUUAACAUGCGGUGGUUGUAUUUGCUUCCUUGUAAAGGAACUUAUCUUUUUCAAGCACAUUGUACUCUAAACUAGUCAGAAGCUUUUGUCAAGGAGUGGGUUGUUGAAGUUUUAAUGUGUGGUUUUGUUUUGAAAUGUCACUGUUUUGGUUUUGAACAGAAAAUAAAAGUGUUGCUCUUUUUAAAACCC